GUAGGUUCAUUUUAACAACUGAACAAUAUGCCUGGUUCCCCAGCUUGCUUCAUCCUCAUUUUUCUCCUCUGCCAGCUCACAGGGCCAGCAAUCUCUGGAACCCUCAAGGAGCUGGUUGGUGCCGUUGGUGGGUCUGUGACUUUCCCUCUGACACACUCAGUAAAUCAGAUUGACAGCAUUGUCUGGAUCUUUAACACAACUACUCUUGUUACCAUACAACCAAAAACGGCAGACAGACAAGACAAUGUCAUAGUGAUUCAAAAUCAUAACAAGAAAAGGGUGGACUUCUCACAUGGAAACUACUCCCUGGAGCUCAGCAAACUGAAUAAGAGUGACUCAGGUGCCUAUCGUGUGGAGAUAUACAGCUCGUCCCUGCAGGCUCCCUUCAUCCAGGAAUAUGAGCUGCAUGUCUAUGAGCACCUAUCAAAGCCCAAAGUCAUCAUGGGUCUGCAGUACAAUAAGAAUGGCACCUGUGUGACCAAUCUGACAUGCUUCAUGGAACAGGGAGGAGAAGACGUGACUUACAGCUGGAAGGCCCUGGGGCAGGCAACCAAUGAGUUCCGUAAUGGCUCCAUCCUCCCCAUAUCCUGGAGGCUGGGGGAAAAUGAUACGGCCUUUAUCUGCAUGGCCAGGAACCCCAUCAGCAGCAACUCUUCAAAUCCCAUCUAUGCCUGGAAGUUCUGUGAAGGUGCUGUUGAUAACCUAGAUUCCACCAUUUUCCUGAGCCUCCUGUGCGUAUUCCUCCUGCUCAGUGUCCUUGUACUGGUGCCAGUUAUUUUGAUUAUGUGGAGAGAAAGAGGAAAAGGGACCAUUAAAGAGAAGAAGAGAAUGGACACUCAUCAGGAAGUUCUUAACUACCAUCCCCCUUCUGGAACGACCUCAGAGUAUGACACAAUCUCUAACCUUAAUAAAGCUAUUCCAGAGGAAAAUUCAGUAAAUACGCUUUAUUCCAUGGUACAAAUACCUGAAAAGAUGGAAAAACCCCACCCACUGCCCACAUCACCAGACACACCAAGGUUAUUUGCAGAUGAGAAUGUCAUCUAAACAGCAGUGUUCUCUUUCCUGUCUCAUCCCCAAAGAAACAGUCAAAAAAAUUUACUGAUGUGACCAAAAAUAUCAAGGGAGAAUGAACAUCGACUUCCUUCCAGAAAAACUAUCUGUUAUAUCCUUCAGAUUUAUGAGUUACUAAUUCUAUCCACUGCUGAGAAAUCUCCUCAAACCCAGAAUAAAUAUGUCUUCCUAGAAAUGUUACUGCGAAUAUAUCAGCCAACCUCAAGCAAGGGGCUUAGAAGUGUCUCUGUUGAAAUGUAAGUGCAGGGUCACACCAAUGAAUGAUGGCUCCAACCCAGGCCUCGGAAGUCAGGAAUAUACCAAAGGUCUGGUUGCCAAGAGGGCAAAAAGAUAGGAAGAGCAGAUGUUCUCAGCAGAAGCAGAUCCAGCAGCCAGAAAUGGAUUUAUUAAUCAAUCUAUUAACUAUGUGUCUGGCACUGUGAUGAACUUACACUGAUUUUGGUCAGUCACAUCAGAUCUGACCACAGAUUCCUAACACCCAGGGAGUCAGUUGUGGACCCACAGGACUUGGGCGACAAAGUGCACAAGGACAGAAAAGCCAGGUCGAAGACUCGGUUUGACUGGAUGGAAACUCAGAAGUGUGCCUGACCCAAGGAUAAGGACCACUGACUCAGUUUCAUUUACACUUUUGUGCUGCAAAUGAGAAGCCCAGGUCUGAGGCCUGAACAGAGCCCUUCUCAAUGGAGAAACUGAGCCUGAAGACACACUUGAAAUUAUUACAGGAGACUUGGGGAGAGGGUGUGGUCACUUGCAAACCUUUAAAUUUAUUUAAAUCACUCAACCAAUAUUUAUUGAAACCCCAAUUAACUGAAUCAGAAGUAAGGUGCAGAAAUGUGUGUUAAAAUUUGCGAAAAGGGACAUUAUCAGGAAAAAAACAAAAACAAACAAACAAAAAAGACCUUCAUAUAUAAGAGGGUCAAGGCAACAGAUAAUAAACCUUCAAGAAAAAACUAAGGAGGGGACCAAAAGAACAGCCUGAACCUGAUUCAAGAGGAAAUGAAAGUGGGAAGUAGGAGACAGUUUGUUAACUCUAAGGAGCCUGGAGGAGAGCCGUGCUGGUCUCCACGUGGAGCUGUGCAGGUGAAGAGAAAAAAAAAUUUUCCCUCUACCCUUCUAGAUUCUUGGCUGAGACACCCCUGUAAUGAAAAGACAAAAAAACAGGAGUAAAACAAACAA